AAUUCAGACUUCCUGUCCCGAGCGCUAUAAAGACACUGAAGAUGUGAGAAGAACGCAGAGCUGGACUGACAAAGAAGUCAAGAAGACAUCACCACCGACCACCGACUGAGGAGCUGCAAACCUUCUUGUGUGCCGUCGAGCUACAGACUGAAGAUGACGACGAAGUUUGCCCUGUGUGUUCUACUGGUCUCCGUGGCUGUGCUGUCAACUGAAGCAUGGCCUCGCCGGGGUGGUUUCGGGAGACAGUAUCAACCGUCAGGUAACCUUGAUGGCGCAGGUUACGGUAGUGACAGCGAUCCGGGUGCUCUGCCUGAAGGAGACCCCAACCCUAGGCCCCGCCCUCAACCUGGCCGUGGUCGGCGCGGCCCUCCCCCACAUGUGGCUGAGCGACUCGUCGACAUGCUGCAGCGGUUAUUCGAGGGACGUGAAAUGCCAGAGGGAAUAGAACGACUUCUUCAGCGUCUAUUAGGCCUUCGUCCCGAGCGUCCCGGAGCAGGUGGCAGCGACCCUGAGCGUCCCGGACCAGGCGGCCGUCCCGAGCGUCCCGGACCAGGUGGCCGUCCCGAGCGCCCUGGACCAGGUAGCCGUCCCGAGCGCCCUGGACCAGGUGGCCGUCCCGAGUAUCCCGGAGCAGGUGACCGUCCGGACAUGCCAGAAAACGGGGGUCGUCCUGAAGUACCCGAAACAGACGGCCGCCCUGAAGUUCCCGAAAGCCAUGGCCCUGACGAAUAUCCCAAUACCGACUUCGGUGAUGCUCCUUUCUUCUUUCCGUAAACGUCCUAGAUUCGGUCUUGACCAUUCGAGCAUAGUGAUAUAAUGAUGUCUUAGCCACUGAGAGGAGAGAUAUAUUGACCGUCAAUCGCUGCUGCCCAAAGAUGUUUCUAUAUUUUGAUGAUUGAAAUAAAGUAUAAGACAUUUACUGUAUUUUGAUCGAUAUGUUCGGCUUGCUUGCAUGUAUGUACGUGCCUCACACACCAGACCAAAUAUGUUUUGUAUGGACGGUCCCGAUAGUCAAACCUUAUAGAGUAGCUGUGUUCCUCACUAUGAGUGUAAACGUCAGAAUACAUGUAUCUGUAUGUAGAAAAUAGCCAAUUUAUUUAAUUGAAGUGUGACAAGCUACUUGUUUGAUUUUUGUAAGACUUUGAUUGGUUUUUGUGAGACGUCGACAAACGUUAUGCAUCUUAAGUCGAUCCCAUGUAAGCAUACUUUUUAUUGUCCCCUCUGUUGUAUAUCAAAACAAAAUCUAUAUGGGAAUGAGGCGGUGCCUCUAUGACAAAUGUUGUGACGAUGUAUCUUCUUUUACAAGGGAUUUUCAAUAAAUUGGUUAUAACAUA